UUUUUUAAUCAUAAUUUAUCAUUUAUUAUUUUUUCACCAUUUCAACAAAAAAAAAUUGUACGACUUAUUCUGCAAAUAUAUACCAGAGAAAAUAAAAAUUAUAAUUCUCGUUAUAUACCGUAUAAUAACGUUUCUCUUGUAACAGCAUUAAUCUUGGAAGAAAUUAAGAACGAUCUAUAAAUCGGAGAAUUUUUCUUCAACAGAAAAUUAUUUCCAAUUCAAAUAAAAACGAUCGUAAGUGAGACUGUAUUGCUUUCUAUUUCUCGAAUGGAGGCCGCGAAAUUUUUGCGAGUUUCUUCAACACGCGGAGGAUUCUUAUGAAUUCGAGUUUUUUUUUUUUUUCUUUUGCUUUUCAAGACAAGGAUAUUAGUACGAUAAUACGUUCUAUAAAGUGCAUGCUCCCAAAGAGAAUUACCGCGUCAUAAACUUAUAAUGACAAGUCACGCGAUGUUUGCUCUGGUCUUUUUUUCCAUUCUGUGUGUGUUCUAUGUUGCUAUUUCCUGUUGGCAUAGCAUUCUUUAAAUUAAAUUAAUUUGAAAUACUAUUUUCUCCUAUUUUAAUAAGAUACUCUAAAUUGCUAAAAUACUAAUCAUUCCAUUAAUUUAAAAUAUAUAUUCGUAAUUAUCAUUUAAAAGUUUUACCAACUAAAAGUUUAAAAAACACUUCGUGACAAAAAUAUUUACUUCCAUCUAUCCGUUUCAAAAUUCCAUUUCUGCACACACGCAUACACACACACACACGUACAUCUCUCGAAAUCCUUCUACGAAACAUGUAUUCACAUAUUUUCACAUAUAGACUCGUUGUAUCUAUCCUACUCGUAAUGGAAUCGUCGCGACACUUAACGAGACACUACUUUUGCCUUAUCCGCGAACAACGAGGGGGUGAAAUAUUCCAACGUUUCCCAAAGCCUUGACAAACACUCGAUAUUCGACACAUCCGGAUCUUAGUCGCAAUUUAACGAAUGGCGUCAUUCAUUCGUUCGCAAGUAGGGGAAUCAUACGGGCUCGUUCCUUCGUUCUUCCAUCCCUGUUCCUCCGCGUCGUGCACACGCUCUUCCUCCUUUUCUCUUUACACCGCUCUCUCCCAAUGGUUCAACAUUAUGCAUCAGGCCAGGCAAUAUGCCGCUGUUUAAUAUGUGGGCCAUUUCAGUACGUUCAGUUCUUCUAUGCGUGGAUCAGGCAUAGGAUAUACUUUAAGGCGGAACUAUCCCCGAGUAAAAAACAACGCGAGCGCGAAACAAUGACCGUGGUCGCGUCGAAACGCGGCAGACCGAGGGUUUUCCUGUGGUGUCGAUGGCUAUUGUGUCGCCUUUGCUACAAUCUGCUCAGCCUCGAUGGUCCCUUUAUCCAUCCCGGCAAUACAAGCUCCGUGAAGGACCACUCAGAAAAAUGAGCGCAGCCGUAGAAAACGGCGUGGAUGCCUCGAAGCCGCGCGGCGUUUUCUCGAGGGCGUUCGCUAAACGGGCGCAACCCUUCGAGGAAGCCCUCAAUACCUUAAACCGCUUAAACAAAGAAGGUGAAGCACUUGCCCUCGAGGAUGACCUCACAACGCACCCCACCUUGGCUUUGAUGCGACGCAUCCUCGCAGAUGCACAGGCAAAAUUUCGCGUGAUGGUGGAGGAGAACGCAGCGACGGGUGCCCGGCUUGACGGGGAGCUGGAACGAGCGAGGGGCGAGUGCGCCACGCUUCGAGGCGAGCUGAGGGACGUCCGUGGCGCUUUGCCGGUCGUGUUGAACAAUAACAACGGAGCCGGGAACAACAACGGUGGUAACACGAGCAACAACAACGCUGCGAACAAUGGCGGCAGCCCUGGACAGGAGGGUGGCGAUUCGCAGCAGCAACAGUCGCAGGAGGAAGGGAAAAGGCUGAGCGCCGGAAGCAGCCCCGUGGAGAAGAGGAGCUCGGCCAGCGACAAGUCGGCCAGCCCUAUCGAUAAGAGAACUAGCCCCGUGGAUAGGAAGGAGAGGACGAGUCCCAUCGAUCGACGCGCAAGCCCUAUAGAGAAACGAAAUGGAUCGCCGAGUCGCAGUCCAAGCGAGAAAGCUCGACGGCCGUACGCCCCUGCGCUGGAGAAGACCCGGCUCGGCGGUUCCGGCGGAAGCGUGGACUCCCGUUCCGGAAGCGCGAGCCCCGACCGAGGAUCCAGCAACAGGACGUUCUUUCAUCGCAGCGCCACCGAUCGAUCCAGCGUCGAGAGGCUUCGGAUAUCGACGAAUCGCGACUCGCUGCGAUCCACCAAAGAGAUGAACGACCACGAGAAGGACAUCGACAAGGAUCUCGUGGACGGCGAUGCGAGGGCCGAGGAGGACAAUGAACCACCUGGACCAGCCCCGGGCAGCAGACCCUCGUCGCCGGCUAAUUCCCUGGGAAUCGGUGAUCCACUGGUAGCAUCGAGAUUAUCAAACAUUCAUGGCGGGGGAGGUAGCACCGGUUCGGUGGAAUUGGCCAGCACGAGGCGACUACGGCUCGAGAACGAACGUUUGGUAGCUGAGGUAGCCAGAUUGAGAAGAUUGCUAUUCAGCGGAGCGGCACGCGGCGAGGUUGGCUCCGAGGAUGCGGCACUCGAGGACGAGGCACGAUUUGUUGCUCUUGAAAUGGAACUGCAACACGCCAAAGAAGCCCUCCAGGCACUUAAGGCCGAUCGCAAGAGGCUCAAGGCUGAAAAGUUCGAUCUUCUUAAUCAAAUGAAAGCACUCUAUGGCACCCUCGAGGACAAGGAGCGAGAAUUACGGGACUUUAUCAGGAACUACGAACAGCGGAUGCGAGAGAACGAGGCGACUUUAGGACGCCUUCAACAGCAAGGAGUCGGCAUACCUUCGGAGGAGCGCGAGCGCGAGAGGGAGAGGGAACGCUGGAGCCUUCUAAGGGCUGCAAGGGACGAGGCCGAUCGAAGUCUCAGCCUCGCGGCUAGUUUGGCCGACAAAGAGGCCGCCCUUUCGCACGCACACGCGACUAUAAAAGAGUUACAGCGUCAAUUGGCGGAAAGAGGUGGUGGCGGUGGUAUCUGCUUGAGCGACCAAGAAUCCUUGGUCUCGUUCCCGAGGGGCAGCGUGAAUGGGGCCGCGACACCGGGCGCAGGAAGUAGCAGCGGUGGUGGUGGCUGUGGUAUCAUCCCUCAUAUGAAUUCUCAACCGCCAUUAGGCAGCACAGAGCUAGGAGUGACCGUUGGGAACGUCGGCAAUGCGGCAGGUGCUGGCUCUUCCGGUGGGCAGGCAGGCGAUCGAGGAAGUUGCAGCGCGGAUAGCGGUGUACGUGGAUCCAGCGACAGGGAGAGCGGUGGCGCGACCAGCGUGGGCGGAAAUCUUUCCGAUUCUACCACGGAUGGCACACCGACAAUUACGGUCGAGGGAAGCGGCCUCGACAUGGACAGCAUCUCCGUGGUUUCCUCCAUUGCACCAUCCCACAUAUACCAGUCAGCUACAACGCCAAAGGAUUGCAGCCCAACGUUGUCGCCUCUCAACGCUUUCUCGAGGUCUAUGGACAAUUCCUCGUUAUCGCGAUCGGUGGAACAGUUGUCAAGCCCGUUGGAAUCAGAACCGAGAAGAAACAAGCAAAACACACCUGUCGCGGCACCUGCCGCCCAUUCACGCUCCUCUGCCACUCGUGGAGGCACUUGGGGCUCUAUUUCGAGUUUCUUCGUCUCGAUUUUCAGAGUUUUCGCCCGUACGCGGCAUCGAAAGGCAGCGAACAACUCGAGCGGCGGAAGCGGAAGUAACGAGGGCUCUGACGGCUUCGAUCCCUACAGAUCAUGGUCACCGCUCACGGAGGAAGGCUACGCGGAGAAGCUUCGUUUGCUCAGAGAAGCCGCAUCCGUGCCCAUGGAACGAUGGAGGGCACCGACAGUGUUGGCGUGGUUAGAGGUUGCCCUUGGUAUGCCACAGUAUGGUCCGCGAUGCGCUGAAAACGUUAAAUCUGGAAAGGUUUUACUGGAGUUAAGUGACGCAGAAUUAGAAGCCGGUCUCGGAGUGACACAUCCCCUUCACAGGAAGAAGCUUCGUUUAGCCAUCGAAGAGCAUCGACAUCCGAGUCUCGUUCGAUACCCGUGCAUUGCUCAAUUGGGUCACACUUGGGUCAGUUCGGAAUGGUUGCCUGACCUUGGACUCGCUCAAUAUUCCGAAAGUUUCGCAACUAAUAUGGUGGACGCACGGAUGCUCGAUCAUCUGAGUAAAAAGGAACUUGAGAAGUUGCUCGGGGUGACCAGGAAAUUUCAUCAGGCCAGUAUCGUGCACGGAAUUCAUCUGUUGCGAAUGCUGAACUACGAUCGUCAGGCACUCGCAGUCAGAAGACACCAGUGCGAGCAAGUGGAUACAGAUCCUCUGGUUUGGACGAACCAAAGGUUCAUUCGGUGGGCGAGGAACAUCGAUCUGACCGAAUAUGCUGAGAAUUUGAAAGAUUCAGGUGUGCACGGUGCUCUGGUCGUGUUAGAACCAUCCUUCACCGGAGAUACCAUGGCCACAGCUCUGGGUAUACCGCCAGCUAAACAGAUGAUCAGACGACACCUCACCGCCGAAUUGGAAGCCCUCGUCGUUCCAGCAAGAAGUCAGCUGGAGGUGGUCCCGAGGAACAGCACCGGAGGUGGUCGUCCUAUGAGCACAGUGAGCGCGGGUGGUAGCCUCGGUCGUGGAAGCAGGGCGCUGCAUCUUCAACAUCAUCAGAGCUCCCUGUCCGCCCUACACAUGACGGCCAAUCACUCGGGCACGGUCGAUAGACGCAGAUCCAGUCUCAGGACCUGCAGUCUUCUUUACUUGAAAAAGUUGUCGUGGAAGAGCUCACAGGGAUCGUUGAGCAGAGCCUUUGGUCUACGACCCAGGAGCGAAAAGGCCUCGCCAUCGUCUUCGUCGGACACCGGAAGCCUCGCCAGCCAGUACAUGAGCAGCGCCAGGAGCAACUCACCGCCACCCCCGCAACUGCCACCCAGGCCCAUCACAGGCAACAAGAGACACCGUAGGGUGAAAAGCAUAGGGGACAUCGACUACAUAACAAGCGCGGCAGUGAGCACCCCCGUUUGACAGGAGGGUAGGCCCCAACAUUCGGGGCCUUAUAGAAGCCUGAGCGAGCGAGGAUACUCCUCGUCGUAUUCCUCUUCGCAGUAUGGCUCGUAUUCCGGCUACAGCAACGUUCUACACGGCGACCAGUACCAAUAUCAACAGACUGGUAACUAUUAUCAGUUGAAGGGCGGCUAUUACUCGCCGCAAAGCACCGGGCCGCCGUUUCCUGGUGUUCAAAGAUACGGAAGCUUGGCCGAGGAAGCCUGGUCGUGCACCACGAAAGACGAUUCCGGCAAUCCGAAGCCGAGCCCCAGGACUUAUCUAGCUUAGCUGGCUUCGAGAAUGUACACGGUGACGUGUUAUUAUACGAUGACGAUUCGCGACGUAUGAUCUCGUUUCCAACGGCGUUAUUUAUUAUCGUAUUUUUCGUUGGUGACAAAUCGGGUGUUACCUGAGCUGUGAUUUAGCUUGGAACGAGAACUGGGAUUGUUGGAUGAUUGAUGAUGAACUUUUAACUCUUUCACCAAUGAAUCGAUGGUUUAUGAUUUAUAAGAGGAAUAUUUGUACAUUUUUGAUAAUUUUUCGAGAUUUGUCUUGUUAUUGUGUUAUUAUAUUUAUAACUUGACUUUGUAUGAUAUAUAUUAUUUAUAAUGUAUUUUAAUAUUAAAUUAUAUAUCAUCGUAUGAUAGGAUAUUGCAACAAUUCUCUUAAAUCAUUCGAAAUAUCUAAUUCAAUUAAAAGAGAAUUCAUAUUUUUUAUUAUAACACAAAUUCUAAUACAUAAUGUUUAUAAUAUAUCACCUAUUUAAAAAAUCAUAAAGCAUAUUAUUAAUUCUAUAUUAUCAUCCUUAUUUCGUACAAAUAAUUUAUAUUCUGUUAUUAUAUAGAAUAGUGGAUGUAAAAACACAGACUAUAUUUCUGUUAUAAUAAAAAUUAACAUAAAUGAUAAUUCAAAUUAUGGAUUAUAUUAUAUUAUACAUUAACAUUAUUAAAAUAAUUCGAUAAAGGUGAAAGGGUUAAUUAAUUUUAAUAAUAUCAUAUCGUGGUAUCAAAAAUAAUACGAUCAAAAUAAUUGUGUAACAAUCGGCAAACUUUAAUGAAAAAACCUGUUGUGCCUAUAUGGGGACAUAAGAAUAAAAAUCAUUCUAUUUCGAACGUUCGAAACUAUGAUUAGUUGAAAAGAAACUCGAUCUAUCGUAUGAAAGAGACUUUAACAAGAAACUUCGACUCUGGUUGUAUUACAACUCAAGGAUUUGAAAUAUUGUCACGAAGAAUUAUUCCAUCUAAUUUCGAUUAAUUUUAAUAUCACGAAGCGAAUUAUCCUAUAAAUUAAUUAAAUGCACUCCAAAUAUGUAUAUCUAAAAUAUCAGUUUUGUAGUAUUUAAUCCAUUAAACGAGUUAAUUCGUCAUCUGACUUACAAAUAUGUUGAUAUAAUAUAAUGAUAUGAAUAUCUUGAUAUAAAUUAUUAAUUAAUAAUAAAUUUAUUUACUUGGGAAUUCCCGAUUUUUAAUAUGUUGUUUUACAUUUUUAUUGCGUGUAUAAGCACUCAAAGUAUUAGAUUGAUGCAUAUUAAAUGUUUAAAGUUUUAAUUUAAUAAUAAUUAAUUUUUAAUUUAAUAAUAAUUUAAGUUAAUAUUCAUUAAAUUUCAUCUUAUAGUCAAUUGUCAUAAAUCAUAUUUAAAGAACAAAAUUUAUUCAUUUAAGAGAAAAAGAAUUCUCAUAAAUUCUCAUAAAAAAGAAAAAAUAAACAUUUAAAGUUAAACAAAAUUUAAGAUAAAAAUUAGAAUCUUUUUGUGAAUCGUUAUGAAUAAUCAAAAUAUUUUAAUUAAAUAUUUGAUUAUUAAUUUAAGUAAUUUUUUUUUAUUUUAACAAAAAAAUUACAAUUUGUUGAAUUUUAAAAAAAACGAUUCUCAUAAAUAUAUCAAAUAAUAAAAUUAUUCAUUGAAAAAAAUGAAAAAAUUAUUUUGUUUAAAUAUAAUGUUUAUUUGAGAAUAUAUUUACAAUAUUUUAUUAUAUUUUUAUCGUACUGUAUAUUUUAAUUAUAUUUUUACUUUUUGCUUUAUUUUCUAUUUUUGUUAAACACACAUUUCAACGAAAUUUUUAUACGACCAAUUAAAAAAGAGAAUUGUACUUUGUACAUCAAUUGUGCGAUUUUUCGAGUUCGAAUUUUAUUCCUCAUUCCAUUUCAAAAUUUUCAUUUGUAUAAUAACGUAAUCAAUAGCCGCGUUCGUGCACAUAAUAUCAGUCACCUUUUCACAUAAUGUUAGAAAGUUAUUUAAUCAGCAUUGAAUUCUGGAAUUAAUUAUAAGACUGUUGUUCGAAUUUGGAAGCUCUUGAAAUAAAAACUUCCUAAUCUUUUGAAAUAAAAGCUCAAAAGAUUAAAAAAAAAAAUUCAUCAAGUAAUUAAGAUACUUACUUGUAUAUUCUAAUUGAUAUAUUAUUAUAAAAAUGUUGAUAAUUAAUAUUAUCAAUAUUAAUAAUAAUUAUUCUAAUAAUAUUAAUAUAAAUAAUAUACAUAUUAAAUAUAAUAUAUAAAUAUUAUUUAAUAUUGAUAAUAUUGAUAGUAAUAAUAUUUAAUGAUUCGAGUGGAAGUUAAAUCUAUCUGUAUCUACUUAAAAAUUACAAAAAUCAAAGAAAUAGAAGCAUGCAGGGGCUUCCAUCAAAUUUAUUAUAUUCGAACACGUUCAAUACGGAUUCAAUGAACACGCAUAUAUAUACAUUCCAAUCACUGUUUCUCGAGAGAAAUCACAAAACAGAAUAGGUAAAAACCUAUUUUAUUUAUCGAUAAAAAAAUUUAGAAUAGUUAGCUAAAAAUAAAUCGACGACCAAACUGCAGUCAGUUUUAAUGUAAAAAAAAUUAAAAAAAAAAAAAAAAGAAAUAAAAAAAAAAAGAAAUAAGAAAAGAAAAUAAUCGAAAUAUGAUAUACACAUAUACAUUUCUGCAUUUUUGCGAAUACAAAUCGUGCAUAAUCUUAUUCGAGAAACCUAUUUUUUCUGCAUUCUCGUUUCCAUAAUACUUGUACAUAAUAUAUAACGAAACGAAAUAGUGCAGAUAUGCGAGAGAAAGAGAUAAAAUAUUUUUUUUUCUUUUAUCUCUUCCAACGCACAUAGGUAAAUGAUGUUUACGAAUAAACGAUAGAUAACCGAAUUAAGUAAUAUUAUUUACAGAAACACCAGAGUAUAACACCAGAGUUCGAAUGGUGAUCAUCGUUUAAAAAAUACGUGUUAUGAUGUAAUUAAUUAUAUAAUUGUUAAAAACAAAAAAAAAAAAGAAAAAGCGUGCAUGUGUCGAUUAUAAUCAACGAUGUAUUUAUAUACGCCGUAUGUAUACGGUAUUAAUUAUUAUAAAACGAUUAUAAUAAUUAAUAUCAACGUAAAAUAUUUUGACUCAUGUUUAGAGAAAAUUGCCGGAAUCGAAUCGCACGUCAAGAUUUAUUCUUCUAAUUACGCUUGCGUAACGAAACGAUAUAUUUUGUAGAUAAAAAAAUUUCAAUAAUUAAUAUUUAUUCGUAGAAUUUCUUAUUGUAUGUAUUUAUAUUCAGUUAUAAAUUAUAUGAUUAAAUUAGAUUUUUUUCGAUCCGUAAAUUUGUUUAACCCGUGGAUCAGUAUUAUCGUCAUUUAGCGAUCAAUAAAUGACGAAUUAAUACUAUGAGGGUGUAAUUUAUUCAUUUGUCUGUUAUAUACCUAAGUAAUUUAUUUGAAUAAAUUAAUUUAGGUUAUAACGUCACACAUCCCGUCAAUAUAUAAUUAAAUAAGAUUCGAUGGGCAACGAUAUUUCGAAUUUAUUUGCGGGACGGUGCACGUUCUUCAAAUGUUAUGUGAUGAAAUUAUCAAAUAUGUGAUGAAAAUUUGAUAAUUCGUAGUACAGAAUGUCACAAAUUUCUUCGAUUAAUUUUAUUACAAAUUUUUUAAUUCAGAAGACCGAGAAUCCAGUCCUGCUCAUUUGAUGAAGAUUUUUAAUAUUACGUGAUACAAGCUGUAUUAUUUGAAUAUUUUGUCAAUUUUUAAUUUAUUAUUAACUUGCACCCAUACGAUAUACGAUACGAUCCAUAUUUUUUAAAUUGAUAACAAUUGUAACAUUUGCUUUAUGAAUGUCUUAAAUGAUAAUGCGACCAAUGAUCAGAUGAAUCAAUUGUAAAUGUGCUCAGUAUCGUCUGUAUAUAUUUGUGUGAGUUGUAUUUAAAUAUUUGGGAGAAAUGAAAUAAACGAAUGCCUUCACUUCUGUGCAAAAAAUAAAA